CGUCAUAUAUUUUAAUAGUGAUUGUUUAAAACUGGCUGGAAAUUUUAACAUUAAAACCUCUUUUCUGGUGAUUGUGUUAAGUGUUUGAAAAUCGAACAUGUUGCGAUCUGGGUGCUUUCUAAAAGUACGAGCCGGUGCAAGAUGUUAUUCUAUCAAUGGAAUAGAUUCAUUGCCAGCUGGAAAAAUAGGCUUAGGUCAAGAGGGUCUGAAUGUGGAUAAGCGCACUCUGGUGAACGGCGAAAGAAAACAACGCACGUUUUCGGACAGAUCUCAGCUGAAGUACGCCAGGAGAUUGGUGGUGAAACUUGGGAGUGCAGUUAUUACCAGGGAAGAUGGUAAUGGACUUGCUCUGGGACGUCUGGCUUCGAUCAUAGAGCAGGUUGCUGAGUGUCACCACGAAGGUAGAGAGUGUAUUAUGGUGACGAGCGGAGCUGUGGCCUUCGGUCGACAGAAGCUGACCCAGGAGCUGCUGAUGUCAAUGUCUAUGAGGGAAACGCUCUCACCCAGUGAUCAUACUAGAGAGGACGCUGGAAGCACUCUGGAUCCGAGGGCAGCCGCCGCAGUAGGCCAGUCUGAGCUAAUGGCGAUGUAUGACGCCAUGUUCUCACAAUAUAAUGUCAAAAUAGCACAGGUUCUUGUUACGAAGCCGGACUUCUACAACGAAGAAACAAGGAAGAAUUUAUUCUGCACAUUGUCCGAGCUAAUAUCAUUGAAUAUAGUCCCCAUAGUGAACACAAACGACGCAGUUAGCCCGCCUAUGUACAUACAUGAUGACACGGUCGUCCCCGGAACUGGGAAAAAGGGUAUAGGUAUAAAGGACAAUGACAGUCUCUCAGCAUUAUUAGCAGCAGAAAUCCAAUCGGAUCUCCUCAUCAUGAUGUCAGACGUCGAUGGGAUAUACAACAAGCCCCCCUGGGAAGAUGGAGCGAGAAUGAUGCACACCUACACUGCCAACGAUCGUGACCUGGUUCAGUUCGGACAGAAAUCUAAGGUUGGUACGGGAGGAAUGGAUUCAAAAGUGAAUGCCGCAACGUGGGCAAUGGCACGUGGAGUCAGUGUUGUGAUCUGUAACGGCAUGCAAGAAAAGGCAAUCAAAACUAUCAUAAGCGGGAGAAAAGUUGGAACUUUCUUUACAGAUUCUCCGAUCACAUCAACAACAUCCGUCGAUGUGAUGGCUGAGAACGCUCGGUUGGGCAGUCGAGUAUUGCAACAAUUGUCUCCGGGUGAUAGAGCCUCAGCGAUCCACUCCUUAGCAGAGCUUCUUGUUGACAAAAAGGAUAAAAUUCUAGAAGCAAACUCGAAGGAUUUGGAUGAAGCUACCAAGAGUGGACUAGCCAAGCCACUAUUAAACAGAUUGGCAUUAAGUGAAGGAAAAUUAAAAACUUUGGCAAUAGGUCUAAAACAGAUUGCCGAUUCCAGUUAUGAUAACGUGGGGAAACUUUUAAGAAAGACAAAAUUAGCAGAAAAUUUAAUAUUACGUCAAGUAACCGUACCAAUUGGUGUAUUAUUGGUUAUAUUUGAAUCUCGACCGGAUUCAUUGCCACAAGUAGCCGCAUUAGCUAUGGCGUCAGCAAAUGGUCUCUUACUGAAAGGUGGCAAGGAAGCAGCUUACUCAAAUAAAGCUUUAAUGGAAUUAGUUAAAGAGUCACUGCAAACAGUUGGCGCACAAGACGCCAUAUCGCUCGUAUCAACUCGGGAGGAAAUUAGUGACUUACUGGCAAUGGAAAAGCACAUAGACCUUAUAAUUCCGAGAGGAUCGUCAGAAUUGGUACGUAGCAUACAAAAACAGUCUCAACAUAUCCCUGUAUUGGGACAUGCUGAAGGAAUUUGUCACGUUUAUAUUGAUAAAGAAGUAGACGUUUCAAAAGCUUUAAAAAUAGUACGAGAUUCAAAAUGUGACUACCCAGCAGCAUGUAACGCGAUGGAGACGUUAUUAAUACAUGAAGACCAUCUGAAUGGGCAACUAUUCAGUGAUAUUUGUAGUUUGUUGAAGCAAGAAGGGGUGAAAAUUAACGCAGGGCCUAAGUUGUCAGGCCAUUUAACAUUUGGACCGCCACCAGCCAGAAGUAUGAGACAUGAGUACAGCGCUUUGGAAUGUUGUAUUGAAAUUGUGAAGGAUAUGGAAGAGGCAGUCGAUCAUAUUCAUAAGUUUGGUAGUUCGCACACUGAUGUUAUAGUAACUGAGAAUGAUGUAACAGCCAAAAGAUUCCUCCAGUCGGUGGAUAGUGCUUGCGUGUUCCACAACGUAUCGUCUCGGUUCGCCGACGGCUUCCGGUUCGGUCUCGGCGCUGAGGUUGGCAUUUCAACUGCCAGAAUCCACGCUAGAGGUCCGGUUGGAGUUGAAGGUCUUCUAACAACGAAAUGGAUACUAGAGGGAACGGAUCACACGGCCGCCGAAUUCAACGAGGGCAGACGUCAGUGGCUACACGAAACAUUACCAAUCAACUGACUGGUUAUAAUUAUGAAAAUAAAGAAGAUCAUCUACGGAGAUAAACAUUAGCUGAUCGGGAAUUAAGUCUGUUAACACAGAUAUUUCAGCAACACAAUAAAAACAUCAGUUUCAAGUCUAUUUCCUAUGCGAUUACAAAAUAUUAAAAUUUUAAUACUAGACCAAAAAAUAAUAAUACACAAAUGGUUAUCUUGUAAGUAACGAGUAAGUUAAAAUUCUGUAAUUCAAGAACAUUGCGAAGUGUAGUAGACUAAUAAACUAUCUAUUUAUACAAAGGUAUUAAAAAGUCGCAGAAAUUACCAGUGGGAGGCUCCUUUGCACAUGAAGCCAGCUAGAUUAUGGGUACUACAAUGGCGCCUGUUUCUGCCGUGAAGCAGUAAUGUGUAAGCAUUAUUGUAUUUCAGUCUGAAGGGGGUCGUAGCUAGUAAAAUUAAUGGGCAUGGACUUAAAAUUUUAUGUCUCUAGGUGACGAGCUCAGAAUUUUUGGAUUUCUCAAGUAUCCUGAGCGACACUGCAUUGUAAUGGGCAGGGCGUAUCAAUUACCAUCAGCUGAACGUUCUGCUUGUCUCGUCCCAAAAAAAGAAAAAAAAUGUGUCUUGUUAGCGAAGCUACAAACAAAAAAGUUCGAUAGAAGAUCGCGUCUUGCGCUAAACCUGCGCGUCGAGUACUGUGGCUUAUAUUAUAUGGACAUCAUUAUUACUAGCACAAGGCUAAAGGUAGCAUGCUUCAGUUCUUAUGAGAACAUAAUAAUAAUAAAAAUAUAACACUUCGCGAGCGUUUAGUACCGUAUGACAGUUAGAGCGCUUUCGUACUACGUCCGAUCCGAAUCCGAUCUGAACCCUUGGUAGUAAUUCUAUUCAGUGAUGCAUAUUUCAAAAAUAUUUAAAUGUUACUGAAAAUAAAACAAUAGGUGAAUUCCUUAUAUAAUUUAAUUUGUUAAGUAAUAACAUGAUAGGUACAAUGUUAUUCGUUUUAGGUUUCUGUAUUUUAUUACCAUUUUUUCCUAUUUCUGCCGCGAGGCAGUAAUGUGUAAACAUUAUUGUGUUUCGGUCUGCAGGGCGCCGUAGCUAGUGAAAUUACUGGGCAAAUGAGACUUAACAUCUUAUGUCUCAAGUUGACGAUCGCAAUUGUAGUGCCGCUCAGAAUUUUUGGAUUUCACAAGAAUUCUGAGCGGCACUGCAUUGUAAUGGGCAGGGCGUAUCAUUUACCAUCAGCUCAACGUCCCGCUCGUCUCGUCGCUUAUUUUCAUAAAAAAAAUCAUUUAAGAUUUCACUAUUCCCAAAGUUUUUCUUAAUCUAGAUAUAUAAAUUUUAUAUAAUACGUGUGGGCCAUAAAUUUAAAAAAAAAUAACGGCCGGCUUAUUUAAAAAAUAAUAUAGAUAAAUUUACAUUAGAGUUGGUAAUUUAUUGUAAGUAAAUUUCACUAAUGUGAUAAUUUAAUUUAAUUUGUUAAAGAUACCCCUUCCCCCCGGCUUCAAUUAGUUUUUAAAGAUAUUUGUCCACGUUGCUGAGAGCUAGAUCGGCGCUGUGUAAUCUAUUAUUAAAUACUAGUUGACCCGACAGACGUUGUUCUGUACAUAAUAAAUAAAUUACUGUUUUUUAUGAAUUUAAUAACUUAAGAUUUAUCAAUCUACAUAUUGUUGGUAGUCGAAGGUUUAUGGUUGGUUAUUAUGGUUGCUAAAUAUAAUGUGACAGAACUCAAGAUGUAUCAAUCUACAUAAAAAUAAUCUAAUAGAUAGUUAGCAACUGUAGUUAGUCUACCUACCUACUAUUGUUAGCUAAAAUUAAGUUUACGUUUAUUUUUUACCUCUUGAGAAACUUAGAAAGAUAUAAAAAUUCUAAUUAGUUAUUCAUUUGAAACUAUUCUUUAAAAUGGAUUUCUGAACGACGGGGGACAUAUCAAAGGAAAAACUUAAUUGUUGUUUUUGUUUUAUUCCGAGCAUUUUCACAUUUAUUCACCUUUUAAACCUUCUCUGGACUAAUUCCACAAAUAAUUCAAGACCAAAAUUAGCCAAAUCGGUCCAACCGUUCUCGAGGUUUAGCGAGACUAACGAACAGCAAUUCAUUUUUAUAUAUAUAGACUAGUGGACCCAACAGACGUUGUUCUUUACACACGUCUUAAAUUUGAAAAAUCUGUCCAGCCGUUAGGAGGAGUUCACUAACAUACACAUGAGCAGGAGAUCUCAAAUUCACUGGAACACACAAAAAUCUCAUCAAAAUCGGUCCAGCCGUUCAGGAGGUAGUUAUUGUGAAUCUAAACCAUUCUCGAAUCCACCUGAAGACACACAGAAAGUUUCAAUAAAAUCGGUCCAGCCGUCUAGGAGGAGUUCAGUGACAUACACACGCACACAAGAAUUAUAUAUAUAAAGAUUAUGAAUAAUUUAGAAGCUUAAUUUUUAUCGUAUAGAAUUUUUUUAUUAAAUAAUAGAAGCAAUAAGUAAUAACAGCACUUAGCUUUAAAGCUCUUGGUCAUUUGUUAUAGUAAUAUAUUGUGGGUACAUAUUAUAUGACCUUAGAAAGAACAAUUAUGUAAAAAUCUUGCAAAAAUGACUUUGACAAUUAAUUAUUAAAUAAUGAAUACGGCUGUAUGGGCUUGAACCCUUUGCCUGUCCUAAUAAUGGAGGAAGAAACCAAAAAACAAAUAACGAAUGACGCAAACGUCAGAAAAUUUUAGGUUACUUUUGUGUUACAGUGAUGCGCGCGCAUCUUAAAAUUACACUCUCAUAAUUUUUUCAUAACUCGCCUAAAGAAAUAUAACUUCAAAAAAUAAAAUACUAUUUUUAUUGUUCUAAAAUAUUGUUACUAUCUUCAUAAAGUUGAUACUUAUUAUAAUUCUCGCAAAAUACUUUUAUUUAUCUAUUGUAGGAGUGAAUUGAUACAUCUACGUUAUUGUUUUUAUUGUGAUAUUUUUUAAUUUACAUUUUUUUCACAUAGAUUGUAAUUUUUAAAAUGAUGAUGCUAAGAGUGGGAAACUUCAUAAAAUGUCACUUCUAUAAGAGUAUUUUUUUGCAACGAAAUUAACAAAGAAAUUAUUGAUUUGAUUAUGAUAAGUGAUUCUACAAAAUAAAAUUAAAUGAACCAAGAAUAAGCAUAAUACUCGUAAUACUGACUGUAUCGUUUACAACACUGUCAAUACAAUGAAAAUUCUGAAGUUUUCCGAAUGUCAAGCAGCCUAGUACAUAAACGCGGGAAACGUUAUACGUCCGAAUAAACCAAUCAUAAGAAAAAUAUCUAUUUGUAAACAUUUUACAUGUUCUUGGUUUAUUAACAGGUAUAAGUUUGUGUCAAUUUUAUUUGUAAGGCCAAUUAUGUUUGGAUAUGUGCUUAUGUAUAUUGCUUUACCUCUAGCUAAUUAAUAUGAAAUGUCUUUGAUAUAAUAAAUAUACUUUUACCUACA